AUGGAGCGGGUCAAAAGCGUCUUUCGACGGAACACGGAGAAGGGCCGCCGCAGCUCGGGACCCUACGUCACCGUUGUCGGACCCAAUGGUUUGAUUUAUGAGCGACCUUUGCGCGCCGGCGAACAGGAUGGACUACGUUCGCAUGCGCACGAUCCACAACAUCCGCACCCGCAUGAGGCACAGCAUCCGCAUGCCCACGACCCACAGCACCCCCGCGCGCACGACCCGCAACACCCCCAUGCGCAUGACGGACACCACCCUCACGCACAUCCCCAUCAGCAUCCUCAUCAGCAUCCUCAUGGAGGCACUCCAACCCAUCAACAGCCUCCUCCUGUUCAGCCAACCAAACUCCCGCCCCAGCCUGGAGACGGGUCCGGCGCGACGACCGGAGGUCCUUCCGCCACCGCCACCGGCCAGCUUCAGAUCCAUUUGUACAACGAUACCAACUCGAGCAAUGUCUAUGCAUACAUAACCGGCCAGGCUAUCAACCAAGGCAACGCCCUGUUUCUACUGUCCGCCGACGGCCACACUCCCUACUACCCGGCUAGUCCAUCAAGCACAAACCAAAGACUCACUCAAAACGUCUCCAUUCCCCUCGGCGCGCCGGGAAACACAGUGUACUGCACCAUCCCCAACCUCGCCGGCGGUCGAAUCUGGUUCUCCAUCGGCGCCCCGCUCGUCUUCGCCGUCAACCCCGGCCCCGGCCUCGUCGAGCCCUCCAUCUUCAACCAAAGCGACCCCAACGUCGGCACCACCUUCGGCUUCGCAGAAUUCACGUUUAACAGCGCGCAAGUCUUCGCGAAUAUCAGCUACGUCGACUUUGUGGGCCUGCCGGUCGCGUUGACGUUGACAGACACCAGCGGCACCACGCAGCACGUCUCCGGCAUACCAGCCAACGGCCUUCAGUCGAUCGCGAAUGGCCUGCGACAGCAGACGGCGCAGGAUGGGCAGCGCUGGAGCUCGUUGAUUGUGAAUUCGAGCAACGGCCAGCUGCUGCGCAUCCUCAGCCCCAAUUCCGGCAUCUUGUUGAAUCCUUCCUGGUUUGCGAAUUACUAUGCCAACUACGUCAAUCAGGUUUACGGGAAAUACACCGGUCAGAACUUAAUUGUCGAUACGCAAGCGCAAUGGGGGGACGUGAAUGGUGUGUCGAACGGCUCGGGCAUUAGUUUUGGGGCAGGCGGCAAUUUCACCAAGCCGUCCACGGGGGAUAUCUUCAGCUGCGCGUCAGGCCCCUUCGCUACUGGCCAGAAUGCCGAGACGAACACCAUCAUCCCACGUCUGGCGGCAGCGUUCAAUCGCAGCACGCUGUUGUUGACCAACUCGAUCCCGGAUGGAGCUGGACCUAGCCAAUAUUAUCAAAACCCCGUCACGAAUCACUAUGCACGCAUCGUCCAUGCCGCAAACCUCGACGGCCAGGGCUACACCUUCCCCUACGACGACGUGACGCCCACCGGCGGCGUGCCGCAAGAGGGCGCGGUGUUCAGCUACGCGCCCACGCUACUGCUUGUAUCUGUAGGCGGGAAUCACGCCUACGCCUAA